AUGGGUCGACAAAUCCGGCCCGCAAGGGUCUACCAGGCCAUGGGCCUGGAGAUCAAAUCCAGAGUCCUCCCCAACUACCGCGUCCAAGAGCCGCCAUGGUUCCAGGCCAUGCGCGAGAUUCCGCCCGCCGAGUCGCUCACGAGGCCGAUCACCAACUACGACGCCCCCGCCAGCUCCAAGCAGCGCAAGCCGCGCAACAUCUACAAGCCGCCGAGGAUAGUGCACGAGGAGGAUGCGCUGCGAACGACCUUCUACAGAGAUCACCCGUGGGAGCUGGCACGCCCGAGAAUUGUUCUGGAGACGGACGGAAAGGACUACCAGAGAUGCGAUUGGAGCAAGGGCCUGCGCCAGCCCGGUCUGCCAUUGACUGGUGAAUGUGUCGUCCAGCGCCAGCUAUACUUCAUGCACAGCCACGGCAUGUCCAAGGACAAGGCAUACGAUACCGCGAGAAAGGAGUUCUAUGCUUUGCGUCAGGAGGAAGAAAUUGAGAGGCGUGUCGCCCGCGAGGAAGCCAGGCACGUGGGUGCGUACUUUGGCAAGAACAAGCUGCAGAUCGGCCAGGACUUGGAGGACAAGGAGUUCGAGACAUGGAAGGGAUGGGCCAGCCAGCGUGCGCUUCUGCUCGAGGCAUCUCGUACAGCUAGCUACUCUACCUUUGGCGAGGAGGAGAAGUCUGAUGAUGCUGUGGAAGCAGAUGCCAAGGCGGAGGUUGCGGAGGCGUAA